CAUCGUUUUUACAACGCAGAUAGAUAACAGAUGUCUCCAUAAGCAGUGCAAUACGUACCAUAAUAUGCAUUAAAACUUUUUUACUAGAGCAGUGUACAGUAUACAGAGUAUUCGCAUAUUUGCGUUUAAAAUCAUUAAAGGCAUUUUCAUCGGUUUUGCUUUAAAAAAUUCUGGGGAAGAACUACAACAACUUACGGAAGCCUAGCGUUUCCAGACCGUCUGUAAAGAUCUUGAAGUCAUAGUAGCUAGCCUGUGUGAAAAAAUGAACACUGUUCCUUUCAUCUCAUUUUGCUCCUGUGUUUUCGUGAUCGGCCGAGUGUACAGCUAUCCCGUGGAAAAGUUUAAAUUCUCACCGGGAGACAUUGUCGACUUGACCUAUCCUUUUAAUCCGCAGACCGUUUACUUCCCUCAGAAAAAGGGUUUUAAUGAUUUUACAUUACGAAUUGAUGAAAAGCUGAGCAAGAACGGCGACGUAGUCAUGCGACAGGGACAUUUCCAGGCCGGCGAACACGGUGGUACACAUCUCGACAGUCCAGCACAUUUCGGCCGCAACGGAAAGGGUAUGUCUGAUUUGUCAACGGAACAACUAGUCGGUCCAGCGGUCAUCAUCAACGUGACCACGCAAGUGCGCUCCAAUCCCGAUUACUAUUUGAAUCUGACGGAUAUUCACCAGUUUGAAGCCACCCACGGACGCAUUCCCGACGGGUCCUUCGUGUUUCUCUACGGCGAAUGGGGUAAACGCUGGCCGGACAGACAGCGCUCCUUCGGAGCCGAGACACCGCAUUUCGGUAGUGAUUUCAAUCAGCUGCAUUUCCCCGGCUUUGACCCGGCCGCGACACGCUUUCUCAUCGCCGAGCGGAAUAUCCGCGGGCUGGGCACGGAUGGACCGUCGGUCGAUUCAGCCGCCGAAAUCAAGAAAGAGGUUGCGGCGGCCGAGAAGGAAAAGGCGUCGGCGGCGAUUCCGUGUGCACAUCUCCAGCUGGCUACUAAGGGAAAGAUUGCUAUUGAAUACGCAGCGCAUUUGGAAAAAAUGCCUCCCAUCGGUGGGCGAAUUAUUCUGGCACCCAUGAAGAAUAAGGGCGGAUCGGGAGCACCCACGCGAAUUUACGGAAUUCGGCCUUCACAUAAAAUCCGUUAAAUUUUGUUUCUUAAUUUUUCUUAUUGGCUGUAUGUUCAGGAUUAAGGUUGUUAAGCCUUGUUUUCGGUUUCCGGCAUUACCAUUGAUUAAGCACGCAAUCCAAAAAAAUUGUAAAUUUUGGUCAAAGCUGCACUCAUGGUACGGUACAGUAGUAUACGCGUACUUUUAAAUACACCUGCACGUACGCGUAAUAAGUUAAUAACCCUUCGUUGUUCAAUUUUCCAUCGGCUUUGUGUGGCUGAU